AUGGAGAAAAGCCAAUCUGUGACCUUUUCACAGUUCACACAAAACCAAAUACAGAAACUCAAAGAUGCUUUUCAGUAUAUUGAUGAGGAUGGUGACGGUGUGAUUUCACAGAAGGAUCUUCGCAAGAUAUUAUCAGAUCUGAGUAAACAAAGUGAUGAGAUGCAGCUUCAAGAAAUGAUAGGCACAGAAAAGGAAGGUAUAACGUUCCCUGAAUUCGUUUCAAUUAUGGGCGAAAGGAUAGAGAGUCUCCCUGAAGAAACUGAGCUAAUUGAAGCCUUGAAAACAUUUAGUAAAGAAAAUGAAGAAAUGAUGAUCAAGGUUGAUGAGCUGGAAACCUAUCUUGCUAGUGCAGGUUUUAAGGACAAGAAAGAACUUGACAAAGUGCUGCAGCACUUCGUCACUAAGCAAGUCUCGGGGGGUCAAGUUUUUAAGGGUAAAAAGUUUUUAGAAACCAUUGGAGAAUGA